CGGGGUUUUUCUGGGGCACCUUUUCUCGGUUUGCCGGCAGCGGGGAGCGGUGGCUGCCUCAAACCAGUCUUCCCGGGGCGGGGUGCGGCUGUGGGUGUCCCCCCCCACCCGCCCCGAGGCGCAGGAAAUGGCCGCCGGCGGGAGGGCGGCGGCAGGGCCGCGCGGGGCGGGGCUCGGCAGCCGCCGCCGAGCCGUCAUGGCCGCCCGCCGCCUCCUGCCCGGCGCCCUCACCCUGAAGCAGUUCCUGAGGCGGCAGCAGGUUCUGCAGCUCUACAGGAAGAUCCUGCGGGCUAUUCGCGACGUCCCCGCAGAAGCAGAUCGUCGCAAUUUAAAGGACUGGGCCAGGGAAGAAUUCAGGAGAAAUAAAGACGCUACGGAAGAGGAUGCAAUCAGGAUGAUGAUUACGCAAGGUAACAUGCAACUUCAGGAACUUCAAAGGACACUUAAGCUGGCAAAAUCCUGAUUUUAAGUUUGUUGACAGCUGGACUUUCGUCUGCUGUGAACAAGCGUAGUGUUUUUUCCAGAAUGUGGUUAUAAUAGCAGCCUUUGCUGACCACCUGGUAAUGUUUGAAGGUGGAAUCUACUGCAGUGGGUUUUUGUUUGUUUUUUUUCACCUCCCCUUUCCUGUUUUCGGUUCUGUUACCCUCCCAUGUGGAAAUCACUCAGACACGGGGGACUUUAAAGAGCUGAAUAGAUGAUACAGCAUGUGCUGUGGGAAAGGCAGAAAGCACCAAGAAUUGCAACAGCAAUGUUACGCCAAGUAAAUGGAAAAUAAAUAUAAACCAGA